AGGCGUUGAAGAAUCUUCUGGAAUCAAAGGUAAAACAAAGGAGAACGUCAAUGGCAGAAGGAGGUGUGGCUUGUUUGGGUGUUUCAGGUUCAACAUUCUCUCUCAGGCCCACAACCAUUUCUCGAUCCCCCACUCCCACUCCCACCAUUUCCUUCUUUCCCUUUCAUUCCCCUUCUUUCCGUUACCUCACCCAUUCCAACCGACACUUCUACGCCGCCGUUUCUUCCGACUCCAAGGUCACUUCCCUUGACCUAAGUCAAACUGAUUUCGACAAUUCUGGUGGCGGAGUCGACGGCAACGGCAAAGACUUUGGUGGUGGAGGUGGAGGCGGCGGCGGCGGCGGCGGCGGCGGCGGAGGUGAUAAUAGCAACAAGGGCGACGAAGGAUCGGACGGAGAUAAGAGGAAGAUGGCUAUGUUAAUGUCUCAGAAGUUCACCCUAGCUUACGCUGCCCUCGUUGGAGCGGGUGGUGUGAUGGGUUAUCUGAAGAGCGGGAGCCAGAAAUCACUUUUGGCUGGGGGCUUGUCUGCUUCACUGUUGUUUUAUGUUUAUACUGAGUUACCUGGUAGGCCUGUUUUUGCAUCAUCCCUGGGCCUUGGCAUAUCAGCUGCACUUCUUGGUGUGAUGGGUUCUCGUUUCAAGAAAUCAGGGAAGGUCUUUCCAGCAGGUGUUGUGUCACUUUUGUCGCUCAUAAUGACUGGUGGUUACUUGCAUGGAAUUAUGCGUAGUUCGCACUAGAUAGAAUGUAAAUAACGAAGGUGAGAUUGUAGGAUAUCUUGCAAACUUCGUUGAAUACUAUCUUUCGUUAUGAAGCUUGCGUUUGUCCUGGAGAUUGAACUAGACAUACGGUGGUUAUGUUGGUCAUACAUGUAGGCCUUUGUUGUGAAAUAAGACGUUGGAUGUUGAAUUUGAACUUGCGUUUGGCUACAUCAUGUGAUGUGUAGGCAACUGUUUAAGGGCAUUAUUGUUAUUCAUGUCAACCGCUAUCAUAUGCACUUUUUUGUCCCAGUUGCAUUCGAAACUCCCCAAGUUCUUAAUUUUUCAACGGUUACAAAUGGAGUGAUAGAGAAAGUAAUAAGAGAAACCAGGACCCAAAAAAUUAGAAUCGGUCCAACUCACUUCUUUUAUCUAAUUUUUUGGUUUAU